GGUUGGGAAUCACUGCAUUAAGUCAACCACAUAUUCCCUCCCCUGUUGUGUCAAUCCGGAUGUUUUUUCUCACAGCUCUUACCGUAAUGUCCACUAUAGAGGCCCACGCGAAUCGAGUUUGAUCGUCUUUUUCGAAAACUGGCUUCACUGCUGUGCCCGCUGGCUUCCUGUGCUGCUGUUAAAUUGCAUAAUGUGCAAGCUUUUAGACUGACUGCAGGUUUCCGGGAGGUGGGCGCGAUUACUACCUGUGAGAGUAUUUAAAGUUUUGGAGCACUUUUGUCAGGUGUGGGUUUUUUUUUCGUUACGAUGAUAACUGUGGUGUUUGCCAGCGUUUUAGCAGGAGUUGUGACUCUUUUUCUCUACCAGAGGUGGACUUAUCCCUUCUUCUGGCUAGAUCUGAUUAAUUACUUGAAACUACGGCGGUAUAGUAAGACGUUGCGGGCUCGUAUGCAACAAGGGAUCAUCACAUACCUCGAUAGUUUUCUCUACCAGGCGAGAAAGAACCCCAGCAAACCUUUCAUUAUUUUCGAAAACCAGACUCUGACAUACCAGGAUGUGGACAGGAGAAGUAACCAGAUUGCGAACGCGUUCAAGUCGGAGGGCUCUUUGAAACAAGGAGACAUUGUUGCCCUGAUGAUGGUCAACGAACCGGACUUUAUCUGUGUGUGGCUGGGACUGUGUAAACUGGGCUGUCAAGUCGCCUUUCUUAACGUCAACAUUAAAGCCAAAUCUCUGCUUCAGUGCUUCCAGAGUUGUGGAGCCAGGACGCUUGUCGUUGGAGCAGAUUUGGUGCGUGUGGUGGAGGUGGUGUUACCUGAUCUGAAGAAGGACAACAUGGCUGUAUGGGUGGUGGAUCACACUUCACCUUCUGAGGAUUUUAGCACUUUACUAGAUAAGGUGGAGCACAUGCCUGGAGAAACCUUAAGUGACCUUCCUAAAGUUGACAUCAUGUCAAACUUUCUCUUCAUUUUCACUUCAGGCACCACAGGUCUCUCCAAGGCAGCCCGUGUAGGUCACAUGAAAGCCAUUGUGAGUAUGGCCUUUUUUCAGAUGUGUGGAGCCACAUCUGAUGACAUCAUUUACAUCACUCUUCCUCUUUACCACAUGUCUGCUUCCCUGUUGGGGAUCGGAGGAUGCAUUCACCUUGGUGCAACAUGUGUGUUAAAAAAGAAGUUUUCUGCCAGUCAGUUUUGGAAGGACUGUGUGAAGCAUAACGUGACGGUGGUGCAGUAUAUAGGAGAGCUCUGUCGAUACCUGCUCCACCAUCCCACAGUCCCAGAGGAGGGAGCCCACCGUGUUCGGCUGGCAGCAGGAAGCGGUCUUAGGUCAGACGUGUGGAAGCAGUUUGUCAAACGUUUUGGGAGGAUCAAGAUUAGAGAGGGUUAUGGCUUGACUGAGGCCAGCAUCGGCUUCCUCAACUACACCGAUGAGGUUGGACCAAUUGGGAGGGCAAGCUAUUUCAACAAGCUUUCUAUGCCCUUUGAGCUUCUGAGAUAUGAUCCACAAACAUACGAGCCGGUCCAAACAGACGCUGGAAGAUGCAUACGAGCACAAAUAGGAGAGGCAGGGAUCCUGGUAGCUCCCCUGACAGCUAUGAACCAAUUCUUGGGCUACGCUGGGAACCAGGUCCAGUCUGAGAAGAAGCUGCUCAGGGGCGUGUUUAAAGAUGGGGAUAUUUAUUUCAACACUGGAGACCUGCUGCUCCAAGAUGAUAGGGACUUUCUUUACUUCCGUGACCGGGUCGGAGACACCUUCAGGUGGAAAGGAGAGAAUGUUUCCACCACAGAGGUGUCAGAGGUUUUAGGGCUUCUUGAUUUUAUCCAGGAGGCCAACAUCUAUGGAGUCACCGUACAAGGAUAUGAAGGCCGGGCAGGUAUGGCUGCUAUCGUCUUAAAAAAGGAUCACAAAUUAAAUGGAAGAAAAAUCUACAACCAUUUAGGCAAAACACUUCCAGCAUAUGCCUGGCCGUGGUUUCUCAGAAUACAGACCUCUUUGGAUGUGACAGAGACCUUCAAGCAGCAGAAGGUGAAGCUGGUCCGAGAGGGUUUUAAUCCAGACGUCACCCAGGAUCUUGUGUAUUUCUUAGAUGUCUCUCAGAAGAACUAUGUUCUCCUGACUGCAUGUCUGUAUCAUGACAUUGUGUCUGGAAAUAUCCAUUUAUAAACAUUUUAGGAGAAGUGAACAUAGGAGUAGAGAGAGUUAUCACAGUAACAGAAGAAAAAAUAACCCAUGUGUUACAGUUCCAUUCGUAUGUACUUAAAAUCGGCUUUGUGUUCCCAACAUUUUUGAAUGAGAGAGAAUUUAAAUAUUCAACGAUGUGACCAAACUUGCAUGAGAAGUUUCGGAUACUUCAGAUAGUGAGCAGAGUAGGUUUAUAAGUAUUAUGUUUUUGUAAGAACCCUCAUUGCAUGUGGACAUUUUGAAAAAUGUAGUAACAUUUAUAGUAUGAGCAUUUCCACAGCAUUAAUUCGAUUGAUCAUGCCAUUCUCACCACUUUGCACCUUCUCUUUUUACAGAAAUAUUGUUUUUAUUCAUCCAUUUCCACAGGAGUCUGCUAAACAGUAGCCCUCAAUACUCUGUGAAUGUUUCAGAGCAAUGUGAAAUUCUUACUAAAUUUAUACUUAAACUUUUUUAUAUAUAUAUAUUUUGUACAGUAUUUUUCACAAGCCAUGAGAGCCUGAAGUCAGAUAAAAUUAAGGCAUUGUGAUAAAUGCAUUAUGUCAGUUGAUAUCCAACAUGUAUUCAUACCUAAUAACAAUAAAAAAAAAUAAUACAUUUUAUUUAUGGGCGCCUUUCACAUCACUCAAAGUGACCUUAAAAACAUAGCAAAAACCAUUAGAUAAAAACAAGAACACAAUCAGCUACAAAAAAACAAACAACUACAUAAAAACAAUAAACAGAGCAGAAGUGAAAAUGGAAAGUCAAACAGAAAAAGCUAAUCUAAACAAGUGAAUUUUGAGCUGUGAUUUGAAGGUGGAGAGAGAGGUAAUAAGCGUGUUUCCAUUAGGUACUUUUCCUUCUAGUGAGCAGCUAUGGGUGUGGCUUGGGGGAGAGGAUCCACCCAGGAUCCUCCCAACUCCAAUGGUUAGCGGCUCAGGUAGCGGCUCAGAAAGUACCUGCUCAGUGGGUACUUUUCUGAGCCGUUACUGAGCCGUUAAUGAGCAAAAUUGAGCGGCGAUUUCGUGCAUGCAUAAUUCAUUUGCACACUGGACGCUGAGGGGGUUAGUGGCUCCUGCUCUGCUGACUGCAGCUGGGAGAGACUGCAGCUGGGAGAGACUGCAGUGGGAGGACUGGGACACUUGUGUGUGCUUUGUGAUAGUGCUACUCGUUAAGAGUAGGAACGAGUCUCCAAUAACACCAGAAAAAGUCGCUAGAUUUGUUCCUAGUCGCUUUUUGAAAAAGAGUCGCUAGAGGAGUCUGUUGUCACAUUGAACCCCGUUGGUUUGCCGCUAUAAAAGUGCAGAUGGGAACUAACUAGUGGGCGGAGCCAAAACACUCAGCCGCUUUUUCAAAAAAGCACUAGGAAAGUACUCAAUGGAAACAUGCCUAUUGUCACCGAUGGUUUGUGGGAGAGAGUUCCAGAGCCCGCCGGCUGCACGGCUAAAAGCUCUUGAGCCCUUUGAAGAGAGUCAGUCAGGAGGAGCAUGGAGGAGGAGGAUUGGAGGGUCCUGGACGGUGUUGAGGUGUGGAGGAGAUCAGAAAGGUACAGAGGUGCAAGGUUAUGUAGAGUCUUUUUUGUAAUCGAUGCGGUAUUUGAUAGGUAGCCAGUGCAGUUGUAGGAGGACAGGAGUGAUAUGAUUUAUGAAUGGGUUUCUGGUGAUGAUCCGGGCCGCUGAGUUCUGGACUAGCUGAAGUUUAUGGAAACGCAUGAGAGGUAGACCACAAAGAAGGGAAUUGCAGAAGUCUAUGUGGGAGGUGACCAGGGCGUUGACAAGGAUGGAGGCACUGUUAGGUGUGAGAGACGGAUGGAGAUGGUCGAAAUAUGUCGGAAAUAUGCUGAUCAAGUGAUAUUGUUGAUGUGAGAGUCAAAGGAAAGAGUGCUGUCAAGGAUGACACUCAGGCUCUUUACUCAGGGGGAGGGAGGGAUUUUGGAGUUGUCACUUGUUAUUGUGAUGUUAUCAGACUUGGCCAGAGUGGAUUUGAAGCCAACGAGGAGAACUUCAGUUUUAUUGCUAUUGAGUUUGAGAAAGUUAUGAGUGAACCAGUAUUGAGGAGGGAUGAGGGUGGAAGGACCAAGUUUGGCUUGGAGGAGAGAUAGAGCUGGAUGUCAUCAGUGUAGCAAUAGAAGUGAAUGCCAGAUUUCCUGAAUAUAUGACCGAGAGGGAAGAGGGAGAUAAUGAAGAGGAGAGGGCCCAAGACAGAGCCCUGAGGAACGCCGGUAGUGACUGGGGUGGCCUGAGAUCUGAAGUUUUUAAGUUGGACAAACUUAGUGUGACCCGAGAGAUAUGACUUAAACCAGGUGAGAGAGGUGCCGGUGAAACCAUGAGUGUGAACCAUGAUAUGAGCGAUGGUGACGAAGGCAGCACUGUGGUCAAGGAGGAUGAAUAUGGUUAAUAGUCCAGAAUCGGCUGCCAUCAGGAAAUCAUUUAUGACGGUUACCACUGCUUUCACAGUACCGUGUAUGGGACGAAAACCAGACUGGAAUACUUCAAACAGAUUAUUGUGAGAGAGGUGAGUGUGAUCCUGAGCUGCAACUACUCUAUCAAGUGUUUUGAGAAAAAUGGUAGGUUGGAGGAUAUCAAGGUUAUUGUGAUCAGCACCAGGUUUUGUAAGUAUAGGAGUUAUUGCAGCUGUUUUGAAGGAUGCUGGAACAAGACCGGAGGUGAGAGAAGACUGGAUGAUCAUAGUUAUUGGCAAGAUCAUCCAGGAUGGUAUGCAGCCCAUCUUUGUAGAGGGAAACCAGUUCAUUGGGAGUGGAUAAUUUGUCUUUACUGGGGAGGUUGUCAAGUCUAUUCAUGAGAGUAGGUAAAUCAAUGUUCUUGAUGUUACGGAAGCAGAUGGAACGAGGUGGGUUGGUAAGUGGGCACUGAAUGACACAAGCUUAUGGUCGGAUAUGGACAAAUCUGAUGGAACACAGUGAAUAGGGGUGAUACCAGAGCAGCAGAUGAGAUCAAGAAUGUGGCUUUUGGUGUGAGUAGGAAAGUUAAUAAAUUGUUGUAUUUCAAAACUGUCAAGGCAGGAUAUGAAAUAACUUGUCAGUGGGCUUGUGGUGUUUUCCAAGUAAAUAUUAAAAUCACCAAGCAGGAACAAACAAACACAGCAGUACAGGUCUCUCAGAUAGCAGAGAGCAGCAGCAGUGAUACAGGUGAUACACACUCCCUGGAUAAAACAGCUUUUAUAGACAAUGUAUACAGCCAUCUUUUGGGGGUGGGGGAGGUGUGAUGAUGUUUCCUAACCAGUGACCGUGCUCUGUGCUUACUGGUCAGUUGUCUCACCACAACUUAAAUAACCUUAACGUUGUCAAAACUAUUUUUUAUAAUCAACAUUUAUUGUUGUUAAUUAAUGUUGUGGAAAUGUAUCAUAUGACCUUUUAGAGAACCAGUAAAUCUACUCCCCUUUAAUGUGUUUUUCUCUUUUCUUAAGGCCUUUAUUGAUGACUGGCCUUUUAAUUUGUGUGUGGACUUUUUUUUUUGAGAAUUUAUGCUAUUUACCUUCCCAAUGCUUGGGAGAAAUUAAAGUUUUAAUAAUGAGAGAUAUAUAUUUAUACUUCUUAAGUAUAAAUUCUUAGGUAUAAAGAGAUAGCAGAAUUAAAAAUGGAAUACUUUUUCUCCUAGUAGCGUUACAGCAGCAGAUUUAAGUUCAAAACUUGGAACCUUAGCAUAAAAUUCAUUGUACACACAACAAUUUUGCAACUUCAAACAACAUUUUAGUGAAACUUAGUCAGUUUCAUUUUUGGAAGGGAAUGUUUUUACACUAUACAAAAAUGUCAAUAACUUUAAAAAACUUUUAUGGGCUGCAGUUCAGUUUUUGUGAAAUAUUCCGAAGCUUUGAAUUAGUUAUGUCAGUCAUUUGAUGAAUAUAAAUGCAAUAUUCUCAAAUUAACAUUUCUCAUCCAAAAUGGUUUAAUUAAUUUCUGGGAUCUUUUUUAUGAUGGUGUUUAGUAUAGUAACGGUCCAGCUGUAAAAGCUAACCUCAGGACAGCACGUAGCUUAGUGAUGUCUGGCCCAGUGGAAAUGUCUUUCAACUCAUAUUUUAUCAAGUUUGUAGCCUAACAUCUUUUUACCUGAACAUGUAAGUGUUAAUUAAGUUGAAUUUAAGUUAAGAUAAGAGAUUCCUUUAUUAGUCCCACAACAGGGACAUUUUCAGUGUUACAGCAGCAAAGUGUAUAGUAAACAUAGAAAGAAGCUUCAGUAAAAUAACAAUGCAAUGUAAACCAGAAGAAAUGUAAAAGUAUUGAACAUUUAAAUGAGAAGACAUUUAAAAAAGUAUUUACAAUUUAAACAAACAUAAAAAUUAGGAACAUUGUAUACGAUAUAGACAGAUAACCAGUUUAAAUUGCACCAUUACACAGAAAAAUAUUUAUAUUGCACAGUGGAAUGAUAAUACACGUGAUUGACUUUUUUUGAGUUCACUGUAUAUUGACAAAAAUAAACAUUUGAUUCAUGGCAUAUCUUUUGUUUGUACAACAUGAAACAUCUUCUGCAUAUUGUUUUACAAAUUGUCUAUAUCUCACUAUGUCUCUGAUGGAAGAGGGUUCUAAAUGUUGCAUUGAAUAUAUCCAUCAAAAAGGGGAUUGUACAGAUUUAGAAUUGAUAUUGACUAUACUUGCACUUUAUGUGAACUACAAAAAAAUAAAUUAUCUGUCAUUUCUUAUCACUAUUUUUAUUUAUUUAACUGCAACAACAGUUAGCAGAGAGGUUGCCCACUGAUCCCUGGCCAUGGCAGCCUACAUGUCGAAAUAUCCUUGGGCAAGAUACUAAACCCCAAAUUGCUCCCGAUGCUGCGUUCAUCUGUGUGUGAAGGAAUUCCUGAUGGUGGCAGGUGGCACCAUAUAGGGGUAGCAUCCACCACCAGUGUGAAUGUGUGUGUGAAUGGGUGAAUGAGUGCCGUCUGUAGUGUUAAUCGAGUCAAUUUACUAUCAGACCAUUGACCAUAGACUGUAUAUACAGUGCACAGAGCCAGGUGUGUAUAACAAAAAGAACCCGCAAAAAGAAGGACAUGCAGAGGUUUUAUCCUGAGCCGAGGAUGACAUGACUGGUGGGCAUAAAAGUGGUGAUCUUACACAGUCCUUGAGUAACAAAUUAAUUUCUAAACAGUAUUUUGUUUUGACAGUAACCUAAAAAUUAAAAAGGAAAGUCUCUGAAAGAGGGAGGAGACAGAAAGAAAGCAGGGUGUGUUGAAGAAAACCUGCUAGUAGCGAGCAGGCUAGGUCCUCAGAGUCAGUAGCCACGGCCUUUCUCAAACGGAAAAGAGCUUCGCUCUUGUCAGGCUUAACACACUCAGGGUUUUCACAAACCCCACUUUCUGGAAUAGACCUCUGGACUCUUGUGAAUCUUGACACAUUUUGGGCAGAUUAGACAAUGUACAUUCAAGUUAUGCUUCCUGUUCAAGCUUGCUUCGCUAUUGGGUUGACCUCUUGAGACUCUCGGUAACACUUUACCUAGGUAUCCAGCGACAGAUCAUAGAGUAUUUGUAACAUUUCAACAACUUUUAAGUUUUGCUGUUCCUGUUGAUCGCAUUAUCAACUGAACAGAUUAUAUGUGAUAGUAAAUGAACAUACCUACAUUUUCUCAGAACUAUUUUGCUGAACUUGAAGUACUCACUCAACCUGUGCUUUACAGAUGUUAAAUGAUACAUAUUGAACACACAAUCAGCUUUGUCAAAUCAACAAAAUCAGAAUAUAUGUAGCUGAAUUUUUAACAAAGGAAACCUCAACAGUGAUCUCCCCAGGUACAAACAAUUUAUUAAAUGUCUGACCAGGCUCUGUAAACCUGUUGUGAAGACAUCAAAGAAGUGGGCCAGCGAGGCUGUGGAGGAUCUUUAAGCAUGUUUGGACUGUACUGACUGGGAUGUUUUGAGGUCUGCUCCUGACAGUCUGGUUGUGUUAACAGAGGCCGUGGCAUCAUACAUCAGCUUCUGUGAGGACAGCUGUGACCCAUGUUGAGAAAUGCAUUGAGGAAACCUUUAAAAUGAAAUGAUCUGACUCCAACACAACUUAGCUAUUUCUCUGCGCUGAUCGUUUGAUGGGGAAUGAUGAGCAGGAGACGUCCGAGUUCUCAGUUUCACUUAAUUUUAUUACAAUACGUCAAGAAUGCAGUUACAGAGUCUCUGGGUUCAAUCUACACAUCCCUGACAUGACAUUAGGCUGGUCAGUUCAUGGAGGUUGGACCAAGUAUCAUUUCCCUAAAACCCAGUUUUAUAGCCUACACUGAAAAAAGUGCUUUUGACCCUUAGUAAAUGUUACAUAUAUUAUUUUAGCAUAUUUUAAUAGAAAUGAUGUGUUAUUUAACCCCACUUAUAAAAUACCUGUAAUUUCAACAUAUAUUGUCAGAAUUAUGACAAUCUUAUUUUAUUUUAUUUAAUGUAGCUCGAAAAAAUUAAUUCCUUCCAAAUUUAAAUUUUUUUUUGCCAGUUUAGACUGUUCAUUCCAUCCUUAUGAUUCUGGUUGACAUAAUCUGAGCAGUGUGUUUCUGCUUUCUUGUGUUGUAUUAUUUGUAUCAUAUUAAAGUUGGUGGUCUA